CAUGUACGUUUAUUCGCUAUUUGUGGAUUCUGGAUCUCGUCUCGUCGAUGUACCAUAAACAAAAAUUCAAGUUGGCGAAGGCACGUAGGGGAAUGAUCAAGGAGAAGGAGAAGGGCGGGGGUGCCCGCCUUAAAGAUGAGCCCAAUGAUCCGGCCGAACCUGGGCACGGAUCUCGGCCGCCUUCCGCGUCGCUACCAACACCAGCGGCGCUAAAAAAGGAACCAGACGAACCCGCUCAUAGAGUUAAAAUGGAACCUCACCAGGGCGAGGACUCCAGUGCAGAUAUGGGUGUCGACGGUAUUAAGACUGAAAUCGAUGGCCUCAUGGACAGUGACGGUGAUCCAACAAAAUCUCCACAAUGUGAACUCGGAGGGCCUGGAUCUCUGAAAUCAGAACGGCUUUCAUCAGAUUCGAAUGAUAUCAUUGAUCCUCAAACUGGUCUUAGAGGCUCAACUGGAAAUAUACAAGAUGGUAAUCAAAACUGUCGUAAUCCAAAUGGUCCAGAGAACAUGGGAUCAUGUCGUAUGGGUAAUUCUGGAUCCAUGGGACCGGGAGUCUCUAUGGGGCCUAUGUCCAGCGAGGCCCAGUCCUUGCCAUCAAAUGUCAUCAGUAAACAGUCUGGAAGUAUGGAGCAGCAGAGUCAAAUCUUCGUUUUUUCAACGCUACUUGCAAAUAAGGGUGCUGAAGCCGUCAUAUCAGGUCAACACCACUCCAUCAUAGCAUACCACUGCGCUCAACCUGGUACUAAGAAAUACCUCGAGAAACAUCCACUAAAAAUGGGUCAAUUUAAUAAACAAAAUCCCGCCCAGUGGCUUAACAAUCUUGCGAUGGCUAAAAAUCGAGGUGGUAUGCGCGGUGGUCCGAAUAUGAUGGGUGGACCAAAUCAGAUGGGUCACAUGAUGGGUGGGCCUAUGGGGCCAAAUAUGGGUCCGAUGGGGCACGGCGGGAUGGGGCACAUGGGACCUAAUAUGAUGGGACCUAAUCGUAUGAGUGGUCCCGGUAAUCAAAUGAUGAUGAUGAAAGGUGGACCUGGUCAAAUGGGGCAGAUGGGGCCGGGCAUGGGACCGAUGGAUGGGUUUCCAGGGGGCACCCCGUCCUGUGGUGUCAUGGACGGCCUCGGUGCUGAUGGUGAAAUGCCCUGGGACACCAAAAACUCCUCCGUAAUGUCAAACGGUAUGGCUAACGGUCCUACACAAAUGCCGCCUUGUUCUGAAGCAGGAGCUGACAACAAUUCGGGUGAUAAUAACCUUUCGUGUCAGCCUGGCCCUAAAGGUGUUAAGAUACCUGACGAGAAUCUUACGCCCCAGCAACGCGCUCACCGAGAAGAACAACUCGCUACAAUACGCAAAAUGCAACAGAUUUUGUUCCCAGAGAGCGGUAGCAACCCAAACCAGCAAAAUGAUGGUUCUCAGCCACCCUCAGACAUUAAUCCUCCAAAUUCAACAGCUAACAUGAAUAUGCCUUAUCCUCCAAUGUCUGCCCAUGGACCAAUGGGCUCCGGGCCUAAUGGUCCUAUGGUGUCUAUGCCCAGUAGUAUGAACAGUGGUCCUAAUUGUACAAUGUCUGGACCUAUGGGUCCAAAUGGCCCUAUGGGACCAGGUGGGUCAAUGGGUCCAAACGGCCCUAUGGGUGGUCCAAUGGGUAAUAUGGGUGGACCUGGCAUGGGAAUGGGGGGACAUGGAUCCAUGGGGCCCAACGGGAUGAUGGGACCAAAUGGACCAAUGAUGCCCGGAAUGGGGCCUAACGGACCAAUGGGUCCGAAUGGGCCAAUGGGACCGAUGGGGCCGUGUGGGAUGAAGGGUAUUAGAGGUGCGUGUGGAGGACCGGAUAUGAAGUCUGGAAUGUGUACAGAUAUGCAUAUGGGAAGAGGAUGCGGUGGACCUAUGGGUCGUAUGCCAAAUCCCAUGGGUGGUAUGGGUGGUCCAAAACCUUGUAUGAUGGGUGGUCCACACAUGGGCCCUCGGAUGAUGCCCGGACCUAAUCUCAAUACAAUGAACGGUAUGUAUUUUUGUGGUAUAAUGAUGGAAGGUGGAAUGAUGGGAGGUAUGGUACCGCAUGGAGACUGUGGACCAGAUCAUCACAUGAAUGUCAACGGUCCCAUGUGUGACGACUAUGGUCGCGGCAGAAAUAUGGGUCCCGGUGAUCCCGGCGGGCUGGGUCCAGGUAUGGGGGGAAUGGCGGGGAUGGCGGGCCACAAGUCGGCGCGUAGCCCCAAAUCACCGCCCGGCGACAUCGACUGGCAGAAAUUACACCAUCAGUUCUUUGAUGAAAAGAACAUGGACAGUGAACUUGGUACGCAAGUAAAAUCUCCAUGUUCAGAACGUGGUGGUUGUUUACCGCCUCCGCCUUAUGGUGCGUCACCUUUACACCGUUCCGCCUCUGUGCCUAUAGCCACCCAGUCCCCGUCGCAAGGCGCCGUGAUGCCGAUGUCGGCGGAGGCGUCCCGCGCUGGCUCCGCCUUAAGCAGCCCGGCGCAUUGCAAGCAAAAAUCAGACGCGCCAGAGAUAUUAGAGAAAUUAGACGACGGUGUGUUCGUCCGUACGCUCCAAUGUUUGGCGGCGCAGCAACAGAAGAAUCAACAGGGAGGCUCGCACUCGAAGGAACCGAGUUUGAUGCCUGUGCCGUCCCCGCAACAAAUAUCUUAUCUCAACCAGUUCGAAGGUCAAGAGUUGACGAUACAGAAACAGCCCAACACUUCCUUGAAGGACAACGGACCGCCUUCAAACAGUGGCGGACAAACAUCCCAGUCUAAUUCAAAUCAAAAAUCACCUGCUGGAAUGAUGCCAGGAACACCAGAGCCACACUCAUCAUUGUCCGAACAGCGUGCAGGACGUUUCUCUAUGGAACAAAGUCCCGGUUUUAACAACCCUCAGACACCCACAUCGGCUGCGUCUAGCACUAAAUGUGGUCAGGAUGAGAAAUCUCGGCCGAGUCCUUCAUCAAAUAGGUCCACUCAAGACAGCGCAUCGAAGACACCUCAAAGGGAAGGUCGAGAGGGGCGUGAAGGGUCUUCGCUCAGCCAAGGGCCCUACGCUCCGUCCUCGACUGCUAAGAGUAGUUGCAGUGUCGUCUCAGCACCUUCACACUCAGAUGACACCAUGGCGUCUAACACUGAGACAACGUUGUCAGGUGGUCCUAACAGUACGAGUUUACCUGGUCCGUUCCCCGGUCCAUGCAGUAUGAACAGGCCAGACAACAUUCCCAUCAAUCCAAACCAGGGCCCGAACGGCCCCAUGGGUACUUCCACGUCAUCCUUCGACCCCAUCUCGUCGCUAGCUCAGAUGUCACAGCAACUGACGAACACGGUGGGCGGCGGGGGGCCGGGGCCGGGGGGUCCCAUGGGGCCGAACGGCGGCGGGAUGGGGCCUUUCAGCUCAGGACCACAUCACAUGCAACAUCACCACUCUAUGCACCCGCAUGGACAUCCCCACAUGAUGAUGAAUGAUUUAGGUUGUCACAUGGAUAAUAUGGGAGGUCCGGGUAUGGGCGGACCGAUGGAAGGAAUGAUGAGCGGCGGCGAUUUUCCGUCGGACAUGAAUUUGAGUCCGAAAAUGGGCGGGGGACCGAUGGGUGGGCCGAUGGGUCCAAUGGGACCCGACGCAUCCAUGAUGGGGCCCCGAAUGGGAGGCGCAGGGAAGAUGCCCCCCUUCAACGGUGCCAACGUUCAAGUGAAAGCCAGCGCACCCAAUACUAUACAGUAUUUACCUACGAGGCCGCAAAUGCCUUGCAACACUGGACCCCGGGGACCACCAAGUUUAGACUUCCUCCAGCGAGUUACGAACCCAAUGCAGAUGGAUAACAAGGGUGUGCAAUAUUUCCCCGCGCGCGGAAUGGACAUGGAGGGCAACAUGCGCGGUGUGAUGCGCGCUCCCGGAAUGCUUCGUAUGCCGCACUAUCCCGCAGGAUUCAAUUCUCCUCCCAAGAUGGCCGGGGACCCGUUCGUAUCCAACCCGAUGUGCGGGCCCAACUUCCGGGUAAAAGGUGGCAUGGGUGGGAACGUUCGAAUGGGCGCUGCGCAGGCGUUGCCGCCGUCGAUGGGCGGGCCCCCCGGCUUCAAGGGGCAGGGCUUUGCAGUGCCGUCCACCGCUGACCCCAACUACGCGGCGCAGUUCCACAACUUCCAACAGCAACUGUACGCGACUGGCAGCCGAGCCGCCCCCCACCCCGGCUACCCGCCCUACCAGCCCCCCAAGUGAUGACCGACCCGCCGCGUGCGGCCCGCCUGUUAAUACGACGCUCCCGACGAGCCGACUGUACUUAAUGUAUUACGAUACGCCAGUGAACGAGAGAUCAAAUUGUUUAGUGUCCUUAAUUAGUCCGUGUUAUUGUGAGAUUUGUUUGAUACGGGAGAUCGAAUUUUUCUAAUUUCGUUAGGUGUAUUGGUAUACCGAUAUCGCUUCUGUUCGACGAUAUAUAUUUCGUGAAUGAAUACGAGUUUUAUUUUAACGUAUGCGGAAGUUUGUACAAAUUGUACAAAUUUAGAUGUGUUAUCGUGUAGUCUACAUAAUUUAAAGUACAUUUUUAGAAAUAUAUUUGCGUAUGGCAAUAAUAAAUUUUAUAUUUUUUUAUGUAAUCAGA